AUGUGCGGCACCGACAUCUUCCUCGCCAUCCUCUCCGUGGUCUUCCCUCCCAUCGGUGUUUGGGUCAAGCGCGGUAUCUGCUCUGCCGACUCGCUCAUCAACAUCGCCCUCUGCGUGCUCGGCUUCUUACCCGGCCUCCUACACGCCUGGUAUAUUAUCGUCAGCUACCCGGACGAAUACGAGCAGGCGCCGCAAGACGCUGAGGGCGGUAGCGGCACCGUUACCUACUACUACGUUCAAGGCGGCUCGGCACCGCGACAUCACCACCAGCAACAAAGACCUGCGCAAGGCGGCUAUGGUACCGUGAAUAGCCAGCCCAGUCAACAGUUCCCCGGGCAGCAGGCCGGCGCAUACUAUCCAAAGAACCAAGCACAUGCACCACAAGCACAGCAGGGUCCUGGGCCGGUGGAUGGGCCUUCCAAUGGUGGUGCUGCACUACCGCCGCCGCCGAGUUAUGCAGAUGCUGUAAAGGGCGACAAUAAGAUUCAGACAAAUGACCAGUAA